AUGCGGUGGUCAGGGUAUCCCUACACUCAGGCUCCACCCCGGGACUUUCUAUCUGUCUGUACGGUGCGCUGUCAGAAGUUCCUCAUCUCUCGUGUUGGUGAAGACUGGAUCUUCCUCAUCCUCCUGGGUCUACUCAUGGCUCUGGUCAGCUGGGUGGUCGACUUCGCUAUCGCCAUCUGUCUACAAGCACAGAAGUGGAUGUACGGAGGCCUGGAGAGUAAUGUGUUUCUCCAGUACCUGGCCUGGGUCACCUACCCUGUGGUGCUCAUCACCUUCUCAGCUGGCUUCACACAGAUACUGGCCCCACAGGCCGUAGGUUCAGGUAUCCCAGAGAUGAAGACCAUUCUGAGGGGUGUAGUGCUGAAAGAAUACCUCACCUUUAAAACCUUUGUGGCCAAAGUCAUUGGCCUCACCUGUGCCCUGGGCAGUGGCAUGCCUCUGGGCAAGGAGGGUCCAUUUGUUCACAUUGCCAGUCUGUGUGCUGCACUCCUCAGCAAGUUCAUGUCUCUGUUUGGAGGAAUCUAUGAGAAUGAGUCGAGGAACAUUGAGAUGUUGGCAGCUGCCUGUGCUGUGGGGGUGGGCUGUUGUUUUGCUGCCCCUAUAGGAGGUGUGCUGUUCAGUAUUGAGGUAACGUCUACGUUCUUUGCGGUGAGGAAUUACUGGAGAGGGUUCUUCGCUGCCACCUUCAGUGCCUUCAUCUUCAGAGUCCUGGCCGUGUGGAAUAGAGACGAGGAGACCAUCACAGCUCUGUUUAAAACCAGUUUCCGUCUGGACUUUCCCUUUGACCUCCAGGAGCUCCCAGCCUUCGCUGUCAUUGGUAUUGCCAGUGGUUUUGGUGGGGCGUUGUUUGUCUACCUGAACAGACUGAUAGUCCAGUUCAUCAGGAAACAGAAGACCAUCAACAAGUUCCUCAUGAAGAAGCGUCUGCUGUACCCAGCCCUGGUCACUCUGCUGGUGUCUACGCUAACCUUUCCCCCCGGCUUCGGACAGUUCAUGGCAGGCAAGCUGACCCAGAAGGAGUCCCUGGUGACGUUGCUAGACAACCGGACAUGGGCCAAGCAGGGCAUAGCCGAGGGAUUUGACUACAUCGGCAACUCCCAGGCCUGGAAUCACCCCCAGGUCAACGUCUUCGUCACCCUCGUCCUCUUCAUCGUAAUGAAGUUCUGGAUGUCUGCUCUGGCCACCACCAUCCCUGUUCCCUGUGGAGCCUUCAUGCCAGUCUUCGUCAUUGGGGCAGCGUUUGGCCGUCUGGUCGGGGAGAGCAUGGCCGCCUGGUUCCCUGAUGGCAUCCACUCUGAUGGCACCAUCUACCCCAUAGUGCCAGGAGGCUACGCUGUCGUGGGUGCGGCGGCCCUGUCUGGAGCGGUGACCCACACGGUGUCGACGGCGGUCAUUGUGUUUGAGCUGACGGGUCAGAUCAGCCACAUCCUGCCGGUGAUGAUAGCGGUGAUACUGGCCAACGCUGUAGCCCAGUCCCUCCAGCCCUCGCUAUAUGACUCCAUCAUCCGGAUCAAGAAAUUACCCUACCUCCCUGAACUGGGCUGGGGACACCACGAGAAGUAUAAUAUUCGUGUGGAGGACAUCAUGAUUAGGGAUGUGACGUACAUCACCCUCAAUUGCUGCUACAGAGACCUGCAUGAUGUACUGCUGGCUGGACACCUCAAGACCCUGGCCCUGCUCGAGUCCAGUGAGUCGAUGAUCCUGCUGGGUUCUAUUGAGCGUGCCCAGCUCCAGGCCCUCCUGUCCCUACAGCUGGGCCGACCACGGAGGCUGGAGUACCUGAGAGACCGGGCUACUGCUGAGAAGAAGCGCCUGUCGAUGGUCUCCCACCCGGGCAGCGAGGACGGCUCCCAGAGGGUUAACCAGGAGGUCCGCUUCCAGAUCUCCACAGAGGAGUCUUCCUUCAGUCCCACCCCUACCCCCUCCAUGAAACCACUGAAGCCUGCCCUGAAGAGACCCUCUGUGUUGGACCGCCCUACUGAGAUACCCAUACCCACAAGUCCACAGGACCACUCUGGCAGCAGCUUAAAGAACCUCUUCUGUGUCAAUCCUGAGACAGAAGACCUGGAGGAUGACUUCGAUGUGGAUGAUGACAUGACCAUCAGAGAGAUUGCAGAGUGGGAGGAGAACCAGCUUGACGAGCACGUGAACUUUGACAACUGCAAGAUCGACCCCGCCCCCUUCCAACUGGUGGAGCGCACUUCACUACAUAAGACCCACACCAUCUUCUCUCUGCUGGGGUUGGACCAUGCCUAUGUCACCAGCAUUGGGCGACUCAUCGGAGUGGUGUCCCUCAAAGAGCUGCGGAAGGCCAUCGAGGGUUCUGUGGCGGUGAAGGGGGUGAAGGUGCGCCCCCCUCUGUCCAGUUUCCGGGACAGCGGCACCAGCGGCACCAGCAGCAGCAAUAGCGAGAACGAAGCCACAGAGCUCCACAAGCUGUGGGACCGCCACAAGUCCAUGUCCCUUCCCCGGGAGCACCUGGCCUCCGACUCUGACGAGAAGUCCCAGUGAGGGGGAUGGGGACAGGGGACAGGUGAUAGGGACAGGUGGACGGGAUGGGGAUGGGGACAGGUGUGUUGGCGAGGAGGGCGGAGGAGUAGGAGGAGCGUUGACCCUCCCGCCUCAAAACCACAACCUAUGCUGCAACCUCAUGGCUUGGAUCAAUAUUUAAUUCUGGAAUAUAGAGUUCUCUCCUCUUCCUCCUCUCAUAACCUUCCUCUCCAUCCCUCUUUCCUUUACCCCUUCUCCCAGUGGGCCUUUGGGCCCUGCACUUACUCAACUCUUAUGGAGGAGGGAUGGACUCACCACAGACUGGACCCUGCUCUCCACUAGGCUUGGGGGGCCCACAGCAGAAGAGAUCUGUGUGUUAGGGAGAGGAGAGGAGUUAAGAUGUCACUGCUUAACAAAGGUGGUCAAAACAAAAUGUAUAGAAUGUGGUUUGACUAUAAAAGGGAUUGCAUUUUGUAUAUAUUUUUUGGCCGACUUUGGUAUUGGUGAGGAAAUGUUCAAAGUUUGUUUGCAUUUUGUGGACCUGUAAACGUUUCUUUCUGACCAGUCUUCCAUAUGCAGACGGUUCAACGGUGAUAAGAGGAUAGGCUUGUGUACCGGUAUGGAUGUUAGUGGGAGUGUAUGUAUUGAGUGCAUGGACGUAUUGGUUUGUCUGUAUUUAGACAAAGGCGGUAGCGAAACCAACCUUCUGCUUUUCUUACUUUGUGAUUUGAAUCUUCUUAUCAGACAUGUUUCAGCCUUAUCAUUUCAGCUGUGUUCUAUUUUGUUCCCAUCUGGUUUAGUGACCUGGAAAUAAGUUUGGAAGGUAGCCUAGCAGUUAGAGCGUUGGGCCAGUAACCAAAAGGUCGCUGGUUCGAAUACCCGAG